AUGGCUUUGCAAGAAAGGGAUAACAUGGGACCUGGCGAGAUAGACGAUACCAAGACAGAGCCCAUCGCAAAUGAUCGAAACGGAUCCUUGUCCAGCAGCAGCCACAGCGGUAGCCAGGUUGAGACCGUCCAGCCUGGUGCGAAGUCCCCACGAUCAUUGGGCAGAGAGAUCUUUUUUCUCGCUGUGCUUUGCUCUGCACAGCUCUUCACACAGGCUGGACUGGCUAUGUCCAUUCUUCCGCAACGAAUCAUCGCAAAGAGCUUCGGUAUCGAGAACGACCCUGGUACACUUUCAUGGUUUGCAGCGGGCUAUUCGCUGACGGUUGGGACGUUCAUCCUAAUCGCCGGACGCCUUGGCGACGUCUUCGGCUACAAGCGCUUCUUCGUCGGCGGCUUCCUCUGGUUUAGUCUGUGGAGUCUGCUCGCUGGUUUCGCCGUGUACAGCGGACCUAUCUUCUUCGCCUUCAGUCGUGCCAUGCAGGGUAUUGGUCCAGCGUUUAUGCUGCCUAAUGCUAAUGCUAUUAUUUCUCGAGCGUAUGAGCCGGGGAUGACGCAGAAUAUUGCGUUCUCGCUUUUUGGUUGCACAGCUCCGGGAGGAUUUGUCCUAGGCAGUGUCUUCGCCAGUCUGCUUUCUAAGAGGGUGUGGUGGCCGUGGGCUUUCUGGAUAAUGUGCAUUUGUCUGCUGCUGGCCGCCGUUCUCGGUUUCCUUAUUGUACCCGCGACCUCCCAGUCGAAAGACCCAAAGAAGGUUGAGACAUGCAGCAUCUAG